AUCAGAGAACUGUAAGUUCCAACAAAUUAUAUGCAUUGAUGGAAAUUGAUUGCAGUUAGUAUGAUAAUGAAUGGUUGGACCGGAGGGGCUUUGACGGUUCACUAGCCUGGAAGAUUCACUUGGCUUCCUUUAUAAGUACAUUUCUUUGACGUCUGGACUGCCUGAAAUGAAACCCACUUAAGGUGCUACAUAAGGAUGGAUACUGGUCGGAAGCGUUACUACGUUGUGAAGAGAGGACGAAAGCCAGGCAUUUAUACCUCCUGGGAAGAAUGCAAUGAACAAGUGGAUGGCUUCAAGGGGAGCCAGUUCAAACGCUUCAUGGUAAGGCGCGAGGCGGAGGAGUGGCUGAGUUUGCCAAGACAAGACCCCGUUGGUGAAGACACUGUACCGGAGGCUCAAGAUUUGGCGCUAAGCUUCGGAGAUCUGACCGUCAGAGAGCAUGGCAGCGUUACGGGAGACGGGAGCAGCGGAUCUGUGACCGCCGGAUCGGACUUUCUGCCUCAUGAGCCAGAUAUAGUUCCGAAGUUUGACCCCAAGGCGUUCGUCAUAAUGGAAGACAUGGAGCAACUGCUGUUACGGGUAUGUGCUCGGCUUCAAGUUAGUCCCCCAGUCUUUUUCCUGCGUGAUGCCUUCCACAGCGAAGGAAAGAAGUAUCAUGGGUUUGGAGUUUCCCUGCAAAGCACCGCGAAGGGGAUCAACUUCUUCGUUUCUGGGAGGUUGUCGACUGACGAGCGACUGGCAAGGAAGGAUGCCGCCUUCAUCACUUUGGAGAGGCUCCUGGAGGAGUCGCAGGUGAAUAUAUUUGACUUCAACUUCCAAGUAGUUCUGCGAUACAAGGAGGAGGUUGCUGAGGCACACCGCGUGGCAAGGUUGUCAGUCACAGAGCUGUAAUGAUGCUGGAGAAAGAGAACACUGAGCUGAAGCAAAGGUUGAGACUCUACAACCAGAUGUUCAUGUAGGCAGUGAAAGAGCCUAGCAGCGGAAACGACACAAAUGUCCAACACAAGAACAAUAUGGAAGCACUCACAACACAAUAUGGCAGCAACUAUAA